CCGAUCGCCUUGGGAACCCUGCCCUUUGCCUGGCGGCUGCUGGCUACGCCAGAGCCUGCGGAUGGGCUGUGCUCCGGCUUGGACAGGGUCGCCUGAAUGCUGAACGCACCGAGGUUCCAGAGUUGUAGGCGAAUGAUCAGAUGAAAAGUUACAAGAUUUUUUAGGAGUUGGAGCUGAAUCUAAUAUUCAAUAAUGGCAACAGGCGACUUAAAGAGAAGCUUGCGGAAGCUGGAACAAGUACUUCGUUUGCUAAAUUACCCUAAUGAAGUGGAUUAUGUUGGUUUGAUGAGAGGGGACACCGCAGCAUCCUUGCCCAUCAUCAGCUAUUCUCUUACCUCGUACUCCCCUUAUAUAGCAGAACUUCUCAUGGAAUCCAAUAUAGAGCUCAUAGCAAAGAAUGAUGUACGCUUCACAGACACCGUCUAUAAGCUUCUUCGUGAUCAAUUUGAUUAUAAACCAAUUUUGACAAAAAAGCAGUUUAUACAGUCUGGAUUUGCUGAGUGGAAAAUCCAAAUUGUCUGUGAUGUAUUGAAUUGUGUGAUGAAAAAGCACAAGGAAUUGAUUGGCUCUGACAAGAAUCCAUCAUGCCAAAAAAAGAAGAACAUCUCUGAAAAGCCAGAACCUUGUUUGAGCAGUGAGAACCCCACUGUAGAGGCUGUUGGCGUUGACAUCACUGGCAGGUUCAUGACUUCAGGGAAGAAAAAAGCUGUGGUGAUCCGUCACCUGUACACUGAAGACAGCACUGACAUGCCCGAAGGGACAGGAAGUUCGGCAGAAGUGAGUGAAGGGUGUGAAGAUUCAGAGCAGACCUCUGACAUCAUGAUUGCUGAGGAGCAGGCCUCCAGUGUCGUGAUUGCUGAUGAGCAGGCCUCUGACGUCAUGAUUGCUGAGGAGCAGGCCUCUGACGUCAAGACUGAGCUGAAAGACGGAUGUGAUAAUCCUGAGAUUAUUGCACUGCAGAUCGCACUUGCUGAAUGCCAAGAGAAGCUUAAGAGGCUGACCUGGAUAGAGAAAAGGCUUGAGUGUUUGGAAGCCACAGCGAAAGGGAAAGUGAUGGUCGAUGAGAAGACCUGGAAUAACCUCCUGAGCCGCGUCACUCUGCUUGAGACAGAGCUGCUGCUGUCUAAGAAGAAUGAAUGCACAGAGCUUAAUGCAGCAAGUGAAGACUCUGACUCUGUUAGUGGCUUGGAUCAUGUGCCCUUUGAUAACCAGUACAGUAGGGGGGCACCAGCCAGUACGUACCGCUCAUCUGGCUAUAGCACAGUGUCACCAGAAUCAACGUCCAGGGGCUCCACUAUUUAUUGUUGUGGACUGAAAGAUUUUUCAGAGGAUUCUUUGUGUUGACGAGUCUUCUUAUGCGGUGUCUCAGAGUGCGUUUCAUUUAUUCAUGGUCCAUCUUUGAGGAUUGUUUACUUUGAGAAAUUGCCUAAAUUUGUUGCUUUUUUAAAUUAAAGGAAACAACAAUCCAGAAAAUGGAAAGGAUGAAAAAAAUGUAAGUAACAGAAAGGGGCAACAGAAAUCAUUUCUCUGUAGGGAACUGUACUGGAGUGUGGUAUGCAGAUGUACACAUGUGUUUUAGACCUUGUGGCUCAGUCAGUGUGGAAUUUUUUUAAGACUCCAGUGGAUAGUAAAUCUACUUCCAGUUGUGUGUGAGAUGAAUCACUGCUUUAGUUUCCAGUAAGCGGUGUAAAACACAAUUCACAGAAUUUAUCGUGGGUUACAAAGGGCAAAGAUGCUUUGGUUGAUCAUUAAUUCAAAUUUCUCUACUUCUGAUAAUAUAUUGACCAAAACAUUAUCAUAGUUGGGAGACAUUUUUAAUAUUAUGAUAGGCUUCAAAAUUACGUUGUGUUUCCAGUGAGCUAUUGAUGGAGUACCACGAUGAUGCUUUUACUGGGGACAAAUAAUAUUAUACCUAAUUUUAGCAAAGAGUGAUUUAAAGGAAAUAAAUGAUGAAAUGGUAUCAAAAUGUUUUAUACCCUACUACCUUAAAAAAACCACAAAACUCCUUGACAUUUGGAAAAUUCUAAAAUAAUUUAUGCUACAAGAAUUGGCUGAUUUAUGUUUGUUCUAUUUCUAUGUAUUAAUAUUAACUCUUCCUAAAAUAAGGAAAACACUCAGUUUUAUCUUAGGUUUAGGAGCAUAUGUCUAACAGCUUCAAGCCUGUUACAUUACGAGUUGUGCACUUAGCUGAUACAUCAUUUGUUCUAUUUCAGGUUUGAAGAGACUGCAGAGCUACUGAAAUGCUCAAGUCGCUAACUAUAGAGUUUUUUGCAUGAAUAUCUCUAGGACUUUGGCUACUUAUAUAUGGUAUAUUUAAGAAUCCCUUUUAUAAUUUUAAUAUAUUGUAAUAUUUUAUUAAGAAUGUGAACUCUAUUUGAUAAUUGAGGAUUUAUUCUUUCCUAAAUAAAUACUUUUAAUAUUUUAAGCUGUAAUUGUAAUGAUUUUCUCUUUCAAUUUUUUUGGUAACUUUCUUUUCCUGAAUAUUACUGUUACAGAGUGAAGUCAGUACAGCAAGCUCUGUAUUUUCAUGUUGACAUUUACUGGCAGUGUGUUAAGUAAAAUGUUUUUAGAAGUAAG